AUGGUUGUUUCCCAUCUAAUAAAAGCUGAUUACCAAUUUGUGACCCCAGGAUACCUUCCUGACCCCGGUUACAAAAAGGCAGUAGGGAUCUACUGUCCAAAGUGUUCCGCUCAAUUAAGAUACCUUCCUCCAAAGGCUGACACAUGGUUCAUAGGAUGCCCUAAUGACCUAAAUCACAACACGCGCAUCUGGCGAUGUGAUCAAUUCAAUCACAAACGAACGCUCAUCAAUCUGGGCAUCCCACGGCCCAUCCUAUCGACUGAAAAAGACUGGGGUCCACGUAUGUCACCUGAAGGUCAUAUUCUUCCACCACUCCCACCACGUGAAAAACGCCCUUCCCCCCAACGUCAACCUCACGUUCCAUUAGUCGAAUUCUUCCAACCGCAACCCCUUGACCACCCCUUUCAAGGACGCGCAAUCCAAGGAGGCAUGCUCUCCCCAUCAACCUGGUCACACCCCGUGGAGAUUCCGACUACCUCAUCUUUUGCGACGCCGGCGGAAGUGUUUACCGGUGCUCAAUCAAAUGCGUCGACAUCCGGACCCCACCUCAGUGCGCCGCCCGUACCUUGUCAGAGAGGUCUGCAGGGCCCUGUCCCCAAGGGCCACCGCAAAAUCGCCAACAAGAAGUGUCGAUUCCAAUUAUGUCAGGCCUGUUGCAAUAAGUACGGCGUAGGACAGUGUCGUGCUCAUCCUUGGGCAGGGGCGGAUGGCCACCAACCCCAUUCGAUGGCUUCUGCUGGUGCAACGACUACCACCUCACUGGCCAACCAAUCAAACAAACGAGCUCGCGUCAAUGAGCCCCGUAUUCAUCAAUGGGCCCAAUCACAGAACUCAUUAGGGCGCCGACUGGACUUAGAUGGUGUGAUAUCACUCCAUAAAAAUAGACUAGAUCAAUAUCAACCUCCUAAGCAGGAUAACUAUGAUGAAGAGAAGAUGGUAACUGUCUACGUGUGGCUAAACGUAACCCGUCAACAUCUCACUUCAACCCCGUCUUCCCAAGCUCACCUCAUUUUGAUCUGCCCUAAACAGGAAACCACACCGGAGGUCAUCACGGCGUAUUUUACAGACUGGCCAAAAGCUCGUCUGGAAGAAUCCGCGUUGUUGAUUCAGGCGGUGGUGGGGGAAGUUGGCACCAAAUGGAACCGUGCGAUCAGCUUGUGGGACGAAGCCAUCAAUGCUUGGCGCGAGAUCCCUGUGGAUUACCCACAUUAUUAUCCCCCGGGGAACCGAUCCAUUGUCGUUCGACUUGCGAAGGUCAAUCCUCUGACGCCAGGACUACCACAAAGUCGCCCUCACGUACCGCACAUGGCACACGUCGAUGUUAACGUCACACCCACCUCCACCUCGAAAACAAUGCAGCCAGUCCCGUCAACCCCCAAACAAUCAAUGACCAGCUCAUCGCCCACCGGAGCUUCUGCUAUCGUUGGGAAAUCUUUGGAUAUCAAUUCGACGUUGGGCACACCUAUAACCUCCCCCACGCUGAUCACCCCUGCUUCACCAGUGGUGUCCAGCCCAUCUAAGCUGUGGAUUGACCUCACUCGGUCACCCGAGUCGCCUGGUGCCAAUGACACACCGUUAGCCUCCAAUUGCAGUACAAACUUGAACGUCAAACGUGAAACGUUGGACGACCAAGUUUCCAAAGGAUCCAAUCUGGUAGUGGGCCAGGAUCCUUCUUCCGGGGUACAAGGGGUGACACCGGCGAGUACCACCUUGCAGGAACCUCCUUCGACCACGGUGCAAUCAAACGUUAGCCCAAACGCUGGGGUCUCUAAUAAGGCUGGAGGAUGGCCUUCAAAAUCAAUACCAGUUUUGACUCUGCUUGCGUGGUAUAACGAGGCAAAAACGGGUGACAUACUAUCGGCGUGGAACAAGCGCUUUGAGCAGGAAUGGAAGAUGGUACCUCCGACUAUCUACAGGUAUCGUCUUUGGAUCAACGAAGUAGGUUACGACCGAUUUUGCGCAGAAUAUAAAUCGCAGCCCAAAGCCACUGUUGGCCACGCUCGCGUUCGAUUCAGGGAAGAGUUCAACAAGGUAGCAGGAGUGGGGAAGGCCGAUAAUGGGGAAAUGGUUGCCGCUGUCUAA